GCCUUAACGUUCUGAAAUGCAAUCCAGAUGAUAUUGGAUAUUUUUGCUUGUUAGUUAUUAUGAGUAACGUUCAUAACGUAAAUACCGAAGAAACCGAGUCAUGCGCAUAUCACAAAUGUGUCUUAUUUUGGGGUUUUGGCACGAUUUACACUGUUUAUAAUGCAGACGUUGGUUAUAUACCGUGCUGCGUUUUUAGAAAUGGUUAUAACAACGGGUAGAAUUCCUUAUAAAUGCAUCAUACAUACAUAUUAUAAAUAAACAGAUAACCAGUGCGAGGUUUGGGAUGUAUUAGACAGUAAGCAUCGUGGUAGUCAGUAUGUUGUGGACGUGGGAGAAAUCGGCAGGCGUGAAGACCUGGGCGAAUUUGACAAGGCCGAGCGGCCGGGUCAGGGAGCGUGUUAGUAAAUCAGUGCUUCGUGUGUAAUUCUACACACGCAAACCUUUAGUAAAUCAGCGGCUGAUUAUCUCGUGCCUACAGAACUGCAUUCAGUCAGCGUUAAAGAUAUCACUUAAAGUCUUCCACUAAAGCCAGGGUGUGGGAACCCGAUGUCUUGGUCAUGAUGUGAAUGCAUGAUUGAUGUAGCGUUUAAAGCAUGUGUGUAUGAGUGGGUCAGUUGGGGAACGGUGAACUCUGUGUAAUUUUAUUGUGGGCAUGUUGUCAGGUGUGGGAGAAAUUCAGCCCCGUUCAGCGGUGCAGUCUUUCCGAAGUCGCUCCUCCACGUCCCCUGAGCGCUCGCUAACCCAUGGGGACGAGGAGGGUCGUGAGCUGCAUGUUGUGGUGAACACAAAUGACCCAGAUUAUGAGCAUGUUUACUCUAUAGAGAGCUAUGAUGACCCCAUGGAGGAAAUUGUUGACUUUAUGCCCUCAGUCAAUCAGAGCCAAGUGAGAGAGAAAAGAGAGGUUAAAGGUGAAGAUCCGUGCACCUUGCCGCUGGAUGAGGGCGAGUGCUCCAGAUACACUCUUCGCUGGUACUUCAAUUCUCAGGUGAGCGAGUGCAGACCCUUCAUCUACAGCGGCUGCGGAGGAAACGCUAACCGCUACGCACACAAAGAGGAGUGUGAACAACACUGCCUACAACAGAGCGGAGAUGCUCUGGGGUCGAAUAGUGGACGGUAAUGACGGGACCGCACACACACACACACACACACACACACACACACACACUCUCCAGCACAGCAGUGUUCAGUGUUCUUAUCACGCUCACCUGAUGGAUCUCGUACAAUACAGCCAUCUUCAACUGUGCCAUUUUUAUCGUAUUUUAUUGUCAUGUUUUUUAUUAUUUUUUUUUUUCAAUUUUUAUUUAUUUUGUUUCAACAAAAGUUCAACCGUAUUAUAUCACAACUCAUUUUAUAUCACAUUUCAUUUCAUUAAGAAUUCACUACUUCCAAGCACAAUUAAGGGUGUAUAUUGUUGAAAAUGUUUGGGGUUUUUUUGCCCCCCCCCCUCUACGUUUGUCCUCGUGUCCACACAGAAACGCAGUUUUGGCUCCUUCCCCCCCCCCACCCCCCAAAAUAAAUAAAUAAAUAAAUAAACGCGCAGACAUUUUAAAUUAAAGCAGACAGGGACAAUACGCUAACUUACGAAAUUUUACCAAAAAUAAGCAUAAUUUACAUAUUUCCUCCACAAUACUUAUAUACUAAACUGUUACAAAGUAGCACAAUGGCUCUGAUAGAUCUUUUGGCAGUGUUGUUGGCGUUUAUUCUGAAUUUCGCCUCCUCUUCCGCUCCGUGUGAAGCUCUUAAUAUUAUCCUUGAGGCAUUUGACAUGACAGUUUGUGACAUAUCUUAGCCACAAUACUGCUGAGACAAGCUCGUGUGAACAUUCUCAGAUAUUUUGUUUGUUUGUUUUUGUGUGGACGGAAGGUAUUUUCUGAAAAACACUCACUGUGUGUCGACGGGAAUUUUUUUUUUUUAUUUGAAAAGUACAUUUUCGAAAAAUAUCGAUAUACACGUAAAGCACAGCAAGCAGUAAAACACAUUUAAAAAGUGACAGACUGCUUUCAAAGCAAAUGUGUUAUUCGAGAUUAUCGUGUCAGUCACUGGAUUAGUGUUCACGGCACAUAAGUGCGAGUAUAAGGCUGUGUCCACGUUAAUGCGGAUAGAUCUGAAAAUUUCCUUUUAAAAUGGUUUUUGUUGGGGUUUUUUUUUUUUCUCCAAAAUAUUGCUCGUCCUCACCGGAAUGUCUGAAAACACUGACAUCCUUGUACCGCGUAUGUGUGACAAACGUAAGAAACUCGCGGCUUGCGUCAUUACCGUCAGGCGUUUAUUUCAAAAUGCAGUCUGAAGGCUUUACAAAGUGACAUUAACCUUUCACAACGCUAUCAAACUGGACAGCAGGUACAACAGCUGCAGUACAGCGUCGUCCGCCAUCUUGUUCGUUUCGAGUCGGGUGGGUCACGUGACUGCAUCACAUGACUAAUAAUACGUCGUCGUUGUCGAACAUCUCCGUUUUCCUCGGAGCUCACGACAACGCCGUUUUUAAAUUCCUCCUUUUCAAGAAAGCUCCAUUUUUCCGCCGGACAGAACAAUGCCGUCUCGGUACGAACGGAAGGAGAAGAUGUCGAGGAAAAAGACGCGUCUUCAGAUGGAUCCGGAUUGACGUGGACGUAACCGAAAGCCAACUCUAUUCAUGCAGACCCCAGGCUGACCUGAUCCAGCUCGUCAUCCUUCCGUUUUACUUUCCUGCCAGGUUUUAUUGAAAACGAAAGCGUUCAAGGUCACUACUAAAGGUUACUAGGCGCUGCCAUUCGAGUACGUUAGCUAGACUUAAUUAGUACGGAAAAAAUAAGGCCGACGGUACAACUAGCUGUUGUAGUAAAGUCAGACGUUUAGCCUUCGCUAUAGAGAUUGUCAGUAAACAUGGCCAAGAAACGCCUCAUUUUUUACUCUUCACUUGACCGUCCACAAAGAAAACACUCACCGUUUCAAAAUAAACCCUUCGGUCAUCUUUAAAGACGGGAUUCCGUGAAGCUUGUUAGUGCAGUGCCUAUAUCGUGCAUACAGACUGAGGGAGCGUAUGAAGAGGAGUGCCGAGAGCCAAUCAGCAGCCUUCACGAUUCUGUAGCUUGUGGCCAGAAAAGUGUAAUAAAUAAAUAAAUAAAUAAUCAGACACUGCAUGGACCCUUAGGGUCUAUCUAACAAAAAAAUGAAUGAGUUUUUUUUUUUCCUUUUCUUUUAAAAAAAAAAAGAAAAGAAAAAGAAUGAAAAUAAAAGUUACAAUGGUGAAUUAAAACCAAAAAUUUGGCUCAAUAUAAAUAUACUGAAUACGCAGUAAAAAAAAAAAAAAAAGAAAAACUGGAGGGGGGGAAAUAGAGUAGCAGCAACGUGGGGUGUGUGUUUUUAAUUGUUAAAAGUGGAACCAUGGGGCAACUUUGUGUUAUCAUCUGUAAAACAUGUUCCCUCGCUGAUCUUUAGCGAUCGUGAGUGACUCCACAGUCCAGACAAUGAUUACACACCAUCAGUUUCCCCCACUGAAAUCACGCACUCGCUACACGCUGCGUUUCUGUCGAUCAGCUUUCUGGCCGUUGUUACUCUGGUGCUAUAAAAAGGCAGGACCUGUAGUACACACAGUCUGCUUCAGGUUUCUGCCUGUGUAUAAAACGUCUAAAAAUCACCUGCUUUAUAAUAAAACAUUUUUGCAUUAGCUCAUUUUAAACCGUGGUAUUGGUGUUUUGUCAGCGUGGGCGGAGUAUUGACUGAAAAUGCUCGUGCCGGUCGUGCAUCUCUAAUUGCGAUGACAUUACAGAAGCGAUGAUACGCCUGCUUAUAUGCGCAGCAUCACUGCCAUGUUUGCAGCUGCUAUUUUUAGUACGCAGUCCGUCUCUGCUGUAUAGAGAAGCUGUAACUGUAAAUAUAGAGCUGUAUUUUUUUUUUUUUUCCCCCAAGCGUGGAAUCGAAAACGAAUGUUUCUUGAAUUGCAUGUUCACUUUGCUUUUUUUUUUUUUACAAGAAAAAAUGAAAUAAAAUAAAGAGAAAUGGUGCUAUUUUUCAGACAUAUUUAUAAUGUGGAUUGUGUUUGAUGAUGUCAUUUUGUAUAUGGUAAAAUGAUUAAAAUGUUCAAUUUGUCGACUUUG